GUAAAAUUUGUGGAAGAAGGAAGUCAAAUGUGGGAUAACGUGACUGUGAGUCUGUGAGGGUGUGAGAGUUGGUAAAGUAGAAGAAGAAAAAUAGAUCAGAGUGCCGAUAUGAAGAAAGCAGAGCUGAUCGUCAUUCCAGCCCCAGGAAUUGGUCACUUGGUGUCGACACUUGAAUUUGCAAAGCGCCUAAUUGAUCGAGAUGAUCGACUUUUCAUCACUAUUCUCUCCAUGAAGUUCGACUUUUCCCUUUAUCCCUUUUCAGAUGCAUACACCAAAUCCCUCACUGCGACACAACCUCGAAUCCAACUCAUACAUCUCCCUCAAGUCAACCCACCUCCAUCGGAGCUUUUGAAAUCACGUUUAAACUAUAUAUCCGUCUACAUAGAAAAUAACAUUCCUAAUGUCAAAGAUACUGUCACAAAUAUUGUCUCCUCCAACUCUAACUCAGAUUCAUCCCGAGUUGUUGUUGGGUUAAUUCUUGAUUUCGUUUGCACGUCCAUGAUUGAUGUGGGCAGAGAACUUAAUCUCCCAUCUUAUUUGUUCUUCACUUCUAACGCAGGAUUUCUUGCUUUUAUGCUCUACCUUCCAAUUCGUCAUAACCAAAUUGGCAAUGAAUUUAGUGAGUCAGAUCCUGAAUUGUUAAUCCCAGGGAUACUCAACCCAUUACCUACAGGUGUUCUGCCUGCAGCUGUGCUCGACAAAGAUGGUGGCUACACAGCUUAUAUGAAGUUUGCUCAAAGGUUCAGGGACACCAAGGGAAUUAUAGUAAAUACGCUCAAAGAAUUGGAGCAAUAUGCUAUUGAUUCAUUUUCAGAUGGUCAAACCCCUCCAUUCUACACGGUUGGACCAGUGCUUGGCCUCAAGGGUCCACCUAAUCCUGCUUUGGAUGAGGCCGAGCGUGACACCAUCAUGAAAUGGCUUGAUGAUCAGCCUCCAUUAUCCGUGGUGUUUCUAUGCUUUGGAAGCAUGGGGAGGUUUGGUGGAACCCAAGUGAAAGAGAUGGCUCUUGGGCUAGAGCGUAGUGGGCGUAGGUUCUUGUGGUGCUUGAGGUCACCCACUUCCAAUGAUGUCUUGCCAGAAGGUUUCUUGGAUCAGAUCAAAGGGAAGGGGAUGAUAUGUAGUGGAUGGGCACCACAGGUGGAGAUUUUGGCUCACAAAGCAAUAGGAGGGUUUGUUUCUCAUUGUGGAUGGAACUCCAUAUUGGAGAGUUUGUGGUAUGGUGUGCCUAUUGUAACAUGGCCUAUAUAUGCUGAGCAACAGCUUAAUGCAUUUAGGAUGGUGAAGGAGAUGGGGUUAGCUGUGGAGCUGAGGUUGGAUUAUAAGAGUGGUGGUGAUCUUGUGAUGGCUGAUGAGAUAGAGAGAGCUGUAAGACAUGUGAUGGACGAUAGUGAGGUUAGGAAGAAGGUGAAGGAGAUGGGAGAGAUAGCCAGAAAAGCUUUGAUGGAUGGUGGAUCUUCGUUCAACUCUAUUGGACAACUUCUUGAGGAUAUGAUAGGUAGCACUUGAUAUAUAUGUAUGUACUGCGACUUACUAUGUAUUCUGGGUUGAUUUCUCAUCAUCAUUCUUGUUGAAGAAACAGAAGAGUGAGGGUCUUUUUAGACUUCAGACCUACGAGCUUAUCCACACCCAAUUACUGUUUACUUAUUUUCAAUUCGUAUCAAUAAACUUGUUAGAUUGUGCUUGUUUUUA